UAAACAACCUUUUCGAACCUCAAACCAGCUGGUCGACAACACUCAAGAUGGAAAAGACGACCAACUCCCUUUUCGAAGUAUUUCUUCGACUGCGACCUCCUGUCGCAUCCAAUUCCGAAACGGCUGAGCGCUUUCUAGACGUCGAAGCGGCCGAUGUGGGCGAGUUCCCAAAGCACAUCACUAUCAAACCCCCGGCAAACGACCACCGCAAACGUGCAGUGGAACGCUUUGCUUUCACAAGAGUCUUCGAGGAGGAUGCGUCGCAGCUAGAUAUUUUCAACGGCACAGGUGUGCGAGCUCUUGUCGAAGGCGUCCUCGGGGCGUCUUCGAAGCAGGGACGAGAUGGUCUGUUGGCAACGUUGGGCAUGACAGGCUCGGGCAAGAGUCAUACUAUACUGGGAACCAAGUCGCAGCGCGGUAUGACGCAGCUGGCCCUUGAUCUCCUGUACCAAAGCCUAGGCGAAAACCUCGUCCACCCCACAAACUUAACCUCAGUUUUUCCGUCUAUAUCUGGAUCAGACGUUUCCGAGGCACAGAUUUUCCCAGCUGCAGUCUAUCUGGACGCCAUAUAUGGAGACGGAGCUUCAGCCCGAGGAAGCUGCUCCCGCGCUCAAACGCCAAUGCCGGAUUCCUCAUUCCUCAGCAUGCCAUCGUCAAAGCACCGCAUCCCACGACCGAGUACCCUACCACAGGCUCCUGCCUUAAAUGGACUCAUUCUGGACGUCGAUAGAUCGGCUGAGUACGCCAUUGUGCUGUCCAUGUUCGAAGUCUAUAAUGAUCGGAUAUUCGAUCUGCUCGCCGGGAACUCGACACCCGGAGGCACGAAGUUGAACCAUGCAAAGCGGAGAGCUUUGUUGUUCAAAAGCACGGAGAUGAGUCCUGAUCGUAAAGUGGUGGCAGGUUUGAGGAAAGUUGUAUGCACGACACUCGAAGAAGCAUUGACAGUUUUGGAGACCGGUCUGAUCGAACGUCGUGUUGCCGGAACUGGCAGUAAUGCUGUCAGUUCUAGAAGCCACGGGUUUUUCUGCUUCGAAGUAAAGAAGAGAAACCGGUUGAAUAAGGGGCCAUGGUCUUCUAGUACACUAACAAUUGUAGAUCUUGCAGGUUCCGAACGUGCUCGGCAAGCUAAGACUGCAGGCGCCACGUUGGCCGAAGCAGGCAAAAUCAAUGAAAGCCUGAUGUACCUUGGCCAGUGUAUGCAAAUGCAAAGCGACAACCAAGACGGCAACAAGCAUAAUAUUGUCCCAUUCAGACAGUGUAAGCUGACGGAGCUGCUCUUUUCAAACUCCUUCCCUUCAGCGUCCAUCACAUCACAUCAUAAUCACUACCACACGAGUCACCGCAAUCCGCAAAAAGCCAUUAUGAUUGUAACGGCAAACCCUACUGGCGACUUCAAUGCGACGUCUCAGAUUUUGCGGUAUUCGGCUCUUGCACGUGAAGUCACUGUGCCACGAAUACCGUCUGUCACGGAGCAAGUCUUCGGUUCGGCUGGUUUGCCCACAAAUAAUAGUGGACGUGCCUCGCCAUCGGCCACGCAAGAGGACUUGGACCAUGCCCUUCGAGAGAUCGCUCGACUCGCCGAAGAGCGCGACAUCCUGUCACUUCAGCUCGAAGAGGAACGUUCCAGACGUGAGGCUGCAGAAGCAUCUUGGGCCGCUGCGGAGCAGCGAAUGCAAGAUAUUGAACAAGAAGUACGCGAAGAAUGUUACAACGACUUCGAGGCUCGCCUAGACCAGGAGCGCAGACGAUGGAAAGGUGCCUGGGAGGAGGAGGCUGAUCGAAACGACGAGCAUCUAGACCGGAAGAUUGACAUUCUUGCCAAGGGUAUAGAUAGCACAUUUGACGUAUAUGAGGACUCGCCAGCCGAGAACGACAGAGUAAAAGAAUUGGAGGACGAGAAUGAGGCUUUGCGGCGGAAAGUGGAAGCUUUGGAGCGAGAAAUGCUUCAGCGUAGUCCGGUAAAGCUUAAGAGCCAAAGAGUUCUAAAAGCGAAGCGGUGGCAGGGCGAGGAGAAUGAGUUGCUAGGGAGCCCAUAGGCUAUCCACAGGGCGACUUGUGUCUUGCGGAUCAGGUUUUCCAUUUCCAGUAUUUCAUUGCUUUCAGCUAAAGAUAUCCAAUGAUGCUGUGUGAGUUUCAAUCAUGUGGUCUCUCCAUUUCAAGUUCUGCCUAGAAUCUCUUAACUUGAUCAUCUCUAUGCAAAGAGGAAGUCUUCAAGGUGGGCUUCCAGGCUGGGCUAGCAAUAAAGGAAUCCGACGAAUGAUCCGAAAUAGUUGAAUAAGAAUCAAUACCUCUCGA